AUGGGUGGACAAAAGUUUGAGUAUGAUGAAAGUGGGUCUACUUUCUUUUAUUUCGUUCUUUCAUUCCUCGCCUUAAUACUUGUGCCAGCAACUUUUUAUUAUUGGCCAAGAAAACGAAAGGAAGAUCCUGUGAAGCAAGCAGAACGUUGUCAAUGUCCAAAUUGUAUAAAAAAGCAGCAAAUUAUUGAACAAUCACAGCCAUACAAGAGCCUCAAAAAUCUUUUUAUUAAAUUAGCUAUAAUCUCAGGAUGGGUACUUCUUGGUUUCUUAGCAUAUAAAGUGUCACAGUUUGACUAUGAAAUGUCCAAUUUUGAUCCUUAUGACAUACUUGGUUUGCCACCUGGAGCUACUCAGGCUGAAAUUAAAAGAUCAUAUCGUAAGCAAUCUCUCAUACUCCACCCGGACAAAGAAACUGGUGAUGAAAAAGCUUUCAUGAGACUCACUAAAGCAUAUCAAGCACUUACAGAUGAAGAAGCACGUAGAAAUUGGGAGAAAUAUGGUAAUCCAGAUGGCCCUGGCGCUAUGAGCUUUGGUAUUGCAUUGCCUAGCUGGAUUGUUGAAAAAGAAAAUAGUGUGUGGGUGCUUGGUUUAUAUGCACUUGUAUUUAUGAUUGCUCUACCUACAGCUGUUGGUACCUGGUGGUAUCGCUCAAUACGAUAUUCAGGAGAACAGGUGUUGUUGGAUACAACACAAAUGUACUUCUAUUUUUGCCACAAAACUCCUUCAAUGCCUCUCAAGCGUGCACUAAUGAUUCUUGCAGCAUCUUGUGAAUUCGAUCGAAGGCAUAACUCUGAAAUUAUUGAGAGGAUAACAGACAAUGAGGAAGUUCCCGCUCUAUUGCGGGAACUACCAAACCUCGGCGAGAAAAAUAAGGAGCAGCCACUAUGUCGACCGUAUAGUAUAAAAGCGCGUGCACUUCUGCAUGCACAUUUGUCACGUAUGCGGCUGCCGCCAGACACACUUGAAUGUGAUAGACGUUAUGUGGUUUCGCGCUGUCCCGAUCUCAUCGUCGAGAUGGUUAACUGUGUUAACCAACUUAUCGCACUUGCUUAUGCUAGAAGAAUUCCUCGUUUACCUACUAUAGAAACAAUUGAAAACUGCAUGAAACUAUCACCAAUGAUAGUUCAGGCCCUCUGGGAGUACAAAUCACCACUACUUCAGCUGCCAUACAUUACAGAAGAUCACCUAAAAUAUUUUACAAACCGCAAAAAACAUAUAAAGUCACUACUUCAAUUAGCACAGUUGUCCGGUGAAGAUAGGCGACAAAUACUGAGGUUCCUAAAUGAUAAACAGUAUGAGGAUGUUGUGAAAGUUUUGGGAAAUAUGCCAUAUAUACAUUUCCAAGUCAACACUGAAGUUAUCGACGAUGAAAAUUCUACAGUAGUGACAGCUGGCGCAAUAGUUACUGUGACAGUGUCGCUCCGGAGAACCAAUAUGAAGGAACUCUUUGGAGAUACAACUUUAAAAGAAAAGGAAACUAUAAAGGAAAAUGAGGAAGGUGGUGGUGGUGAAAAUGGUGAAAAGGUUGAAAACGACAAAAAUGAAAAGAAUGAUAAAAAAGAUACAUUUAAAAGACCAGUUUGGAUGAAACAAGCCAAAAAACAAACGAAAAAAUCAAAGAAGACGGCGACAAAUAAACAGCAGCUAGUAAAACCUGCACCUGUAAAUACGGUGGUCACCUCGCCCGUCACUAAUGAUACCAAGAAAACUAAAGAACCAAAGAAAAAGGACGAUGAUGGUGAAGAGUCGGAUUUCGGCAGCUCGGACGAGUCCGGUUCACACAGCUCAGGUUCAGAGGAUGAGUCUCGCGACAAGUCGUCUGCGGCCGAGGACGACGACCAGUGGGAACGCUUCCAGAAGCGGAUACUGAAACGGGAACGCCUCGAGGGACGCUCCAAAAGCUCGCAUCCCGUGCACUGCCCGUACUUCCCACAGGAGAAGCAAGAGUAUUGGUGGUGUUACAUCUGCGACCGCAAGUCGCGGACACUGCUCACGGCGCCGGCCCACGUGACGGCGCUGACCGAGGCGCACGAGCUGCAGCUGCGCUUCACGGCGCCGCGCUGGCCCGGCCUCUACACGCUCGCCUGCUGCCUGCGCUCAGAUUCAUAUAUCGGCAUGGACCAGCAACAGGACAUGAAGCUGGACGUGAAAGAAGCAGCCGCGGUCCCGGCUGACCACCCGCAGUGGGAGCUCAGCGACUCCGAUACUGAUAACAAUGAUCAGGGCGACAACGAGAGCGAGUUCACGACAGACGACGACGUGGAAGACGACCCAUCAUCCAAUAUGGCACAGUUAAUAACUGUGCGGCUGAAUAAGUCCGAUCAGCAGCCACUGGGAUUUCGGCUCCAGGGUGGCAAAGACUUCGGGACGCCCCUCAUUGUUCAAAAAGUGAAUGGAGGCAGCGCUGCGGAACGCGCGGGUCUUCAGGCGGGCGACGCGCUCAUCCGCGUCAACAACACCGACGUGUACAACUUGCGACACCAGGAGGCGCAGGAUGCUAUCCGUGCCUCCGGCGGCGCCCUCGAGCUCACCGUACAGCGCGGUGGUAGCACAUGGCGCCCAUCGGUGACACCAACUGGCAGUCUACCGCGUCCCGGCUCGCGGCCGCUCGGCGCCGCUCCUGCUCCUGUUACCAACACCUCGCUGAAGGCAACACCGCAGCCUUCGCGCAAUUUUGGAUCUGGACACAACAGCGUCGCCAAGCCUUUUGGCUACAUGAACGGCAAUGACUCGAUGAAAAGUGUUGUAAAUAAACAAUACAACUCGCCGGUGAACAUGUACAGCGACAAAAGCAUUGCUGAGACGCUAUCUGCGCAAACCGAAGUGCUGGCUGGCGGCGUGCUAGGAGUAAAUUUCAAAAAGAAUGAGAAGACAUAUGAUGCGGAAAAGAGUGCUGUGUUCAAGGUUUUGCAGGAGGAACAAAACGAUCCUGAGCCAGUAGAGGCAAGCGUAACGAACGCUUCACCGGCGCCGGUGAGCGGACUGCGGCACGUGACCGCUCCGGUCACGAAGCCCGACGCGCCGCUCAACACGGGCGGCCUACCUCCCGGCCAGAACAUUUGCGAGGACUGCGAAAGACUCAUUACCGGUGUGUUCGUGCGCAUCAAGGAUAAGAACUUGCACGUGGAGUGCUUCAAAUGCUCUACGUGCGGUUCGUCGCUGAAGAACCAAGGCUACUAUAACAUAAACGGCAAGCUGUACUGCGACAUCCACGCGAAGCUCGUGGCGCGCCAGAACCCGCCUGCACCUAACCUCGAGCCUGUCACCGUGCCGCCUGGCAGCCGAAUUCCAACAAACACGUAUUCAACACCUUUGCCUCCACUUGCAACCAACAACUACACCAACGGCUCGUCUUCUAUGUUUAGCCCGUCAAGCAACAUAUCGAGUUCGGGACCAAAGCCGUUUGGUUCGUCGCUGGGUUCGACGUACUCGCCGUCGCUGUCGCCGCGCUCGGCUCCCAUGUCGCCUGCGCGGCCCGCCGCCGCGCCCGCGCCCCCCACCGCGCCCGCGCCCGCGCCCUUCGCACCCAAGGGCCCAGGUUCCAUUUUUAAAGCUCAAAAUGUAAAAAGCAUUGUGUGGCCUCCACCAUCGAACCCCCCUGAUGACGGUAUGAGUGAUGCCGAUCAAAAAGUCAUGCACAUGGAUCCAAUGGAAGAAAGAAGGAAAUGUGAUGAAAUCAUGAAAAAUGAAAACUCCAAAUCAGAAAUUGUUAAUCACAUACAAAAAUGUUCGGAAGUAGUUUCUACGGAACAAACAGCUGUAUAUUCCUCUGAUGUUCAAUUUAGUACAGCUAUGAUAUCCGCAGCAACGACCACUUCGUCGCAAUCUGCAUCAAUGGUUGAGAGCAAACAUUCUGGGAUCAUAAAAGAAACCACAAGCUCCGUCCACUCCCUUAUAGAACAUGCGUCUGUUCAAAAUCAAAGUAUAUCAGUUUAUGAAUCGCAGAUAAAUCCAAAAGAUUUGGUUCAACUGUCUUUGAAUAACCCAACUGAGAACAUAAUGAACAAUAAAGACAUAACUAACGCUUUUGAAGAAUCUACUAAAUCAGAAGCCUUUAUAAAAACACAUUCGAUUAAAGCUACUACAACAAAGGAAGGAAAAGUUGACGCGAAUGUUGAAUUUAAUGUCUUAGAAAAUAAAAAUAAAUGUAAGAGCGAUGUGAACGUCAUAAAAAACUUACAACAAUCUACAGUUAAACCACCUGAUACCAUUCCUUUCAUCAAAAAUCCUAUCGAACAAAAACUACAGUUGGGAUCUAAUGAAGAACGAAUAACAAAAAACAAUGCUUCAAGUACCACGACAGAAGCAUUUGUUACUGCUCCUGAACCGGUAUAUUCACUUUCGUCUCCACCACAAGGAUCUAAUUUGCUACCAGUUAUUAACAAAAGUGAAAAAUCAAAUACUAUAGUAUUUCCAGAUGAAACAACGGCAAUACAAAGCCAAACAAAAGCCUUAAAGAAACUGGAGGCAAAAACAAAAUGUGAUAGUCCGUCUAAAUCGAUGGAAAAAGUGUUCAAUGAACCAGCUAAAAAACGGGUUCCUUCGCAAGUGUCUACUGUGUCUUCGGAAAAACGCGGUUCUCUUAGAGAUGCACUUACGAUAGCUCCAGAGCGACCAUACAGUCCUCUGAGUUUCUCAAAUAUACCGAAAUACUUUACAUCAACAUCUUUAGAUAAAUAUAAGUUCUCAGAUAUUUCACCUCAAACUGAGUCGAAAACGCCGUUGGAAUCUUCAAUUUCAAACGAACCAAAUCAAUGCUUAAUUCAACAAAAGGGGAAAAACGUACAAUCAUUGUCAGAACCAUCAGCCUUUAAACCCGUAGUCAAGCAAGUUUUCCCAGCACUAAAGCCUGAGGAAACAAUGUCUGCGUUUGCUUCUGCUUCUGUAACGAGUCAACCUAACUUUGAGCGUAAUAUCAAUGAAGAGUUAUCUCAAACAGCAUCGGAGCAUUGUGCUGUAACAAGCACUAGCCGUAUCCAUAGUUUUACAUCAGCGUCACAAAAUAAUUUUGAACAACAAGAUAAAAAUGAGACUAAUUCCGAGCGAAUUCUGCCUCAAAGAGGCAUCACACCUGAAUUUUUCAAUGCUCCUGGGACUUCAACUUUAAAUAAUACAGAAACCAACCAAACAAUACUGCCUGAACAAAUCCAUAACCAGUCAGAACAAAAGGAAAGCAUGACUUUUCAGCCUGUUUUGGAUGAGACAGUCAUUAGAGGUUCACCUGUACAUAGUAGAUCCGCAACACCCAGUUUAAUCAAUAAACCAGCCCCAAUAAUUCCUCAUUAUCAGAUGAAUUUAGUCACCGUAGAACAUUUAGCUCCGAAGAGCCAGGUGUAUGAGCCUUCCAGUACUGAAGUUAGUCCUGCGUCUACACCUAAGCUAAGAUCACGUUCUCCAGCAAUAGGAAACUCGAGUAAUGUAAAAGCUCACGCACCACGCAUCAAAGAGCCAACGUCUCAAACAACAUUGUCUAAAAAAAUUGAAAUAAAUAAUAUGCAAAACAUAGGCUCACCUUAUACCAUACAAAAUAAUUUAAAACAACCUUCAUUUAUAAAAGAACCAACAGGUAUAAAUUUAGAAUAUCAGAAAGAGAAUUAUUACAAAGAUUGUUUUGAAGAAAACUCAAUGCUUAAAUUUACGGACCAAAAUUACGGACAAACACAAAUGCAGUCCCAAAAUGCAGCUAAAUAUGGAAGCACAACUGUGCAAAAAAUGGAUAAGAAGUAUGAAGAAUAUGAACAAAUGCACAGUGCUAAAGUCAUAGAAAUUAAAAAGGGGGGUUCAAUUUCCUCAGAUUCAUUCCAACAAAUAGAAUCUAAUAUUCAGCCAUCUAACAUCUCCAAUAAAGUCUUUCCUCAACCUGUAAUAAGCUUACGAGCCACCCAUGAAAGUUUAUCUUCUAAUAUUACUAAUGAAAAUGUUACCACUGCUAAUAGAAAUACUGAAAUUUAUAAACCGAUUCCUUCGAUUUCUGGUGCUAACCAAGAUCCAGCGUGUGAUCCUACCCCAUCGACAGGUUCGAGUGUAGGAGCUGCCUCUCGAGGCAAAGCUUUCGGUGUUUCGUCGGCACCAAAACGAGGCAGGGGAGUUUUGAAUAAAGCUGUACUACCAGGCUCUCGCAUACCUCUUUGUGCAUCCUGCAACGGAAACAUUAGUGUUUUUUGCUUUCUAACAGCUAAUGAAACGCAGAAUUAUGGCAGUCCAGUUAAAACGGAGUUCAAAAGUCAAGCCGAAGAAAGACUUAUAAGGAAGAUGGCUAAAAUGGCUUUAAAUGGCUAUGAAAUAGGAAUCCAGAGAAAAAUAAAGCCUGGUGAUCACAUACAGAGUAUGGCAAACAAAAUUCAGGAUACUGUUGUGACCAAGCAUCCUCUUAAUUCAGACAGUAUUUCAUCAGAAAAUAACAGUCAUGAAAAUACACUAAGAAGACCAUUGAAAAAAAAUACUGAUGAAAUAUAUAAAGCUACUGAUAGCAAUUAUAAUAACACAAAAAAUAUACCAUCUUCAACAUUAUCUAUUAAUGUUGAUAAUGGAUAUCCUCCCAUCCCACCGCCGAUACCAAAUACUCCUGUGCCAACGCUUGAAAUACCGAGUACAUCGAUUUUAAAUUCAAUAAACAUGCAGACUCCAAUAAAACCGUUAGAUUACUCUUUAAAAAACUCUGAAAAUAAUUUACUAACAUUAAAUUUCCUACAAUCAUUAAAUAAUACCGAAAAAUCUCCAAACGGCAGUGGAUAUUCUAGUAGCGACGACAUGAAUAAGGAAAAAUCUGAAAUUAGUAUAAGUAAUGGUAAUACAUUAAGAAAGAAAACGAGCUUUGAAAAGCCUCUUUUUCCUGACGGGAUAAACACAAAUCAAGAUGUACAUAAGUCUGAGAUAAAAGCCGAAAACAAUUACUCCAACACUCUAAGUAAACGUAAAAUUUUUGAAAGAAAUGAAGAAUCAAUCAAAUCAGACGAAACUUUUAGAAAUGGUUUUAAAAGUAACAAUGGUUUGUCAGAACUAAACCAAUCAAAUUUUCUUCGCAAAUCACCUACCGAUACUAGCAAAACUACAGUGAAAAAUAAUGAUGAAUAUACAAAAAAAAUACCCCACAACUUUUGUGACAAUACAAUGUAUGCCUUAAAAUCUCCUAAAUCUGACAAUAAUACUACAAAUAUCCUAGAAAAUGAUAAUGAUGAUAAACAAAAUAACGACACAGAAUUUAAAUUAGAUAAUACAGAAACUGAGACUGUGGUAAGACGCAGAGAAAAAAAGAAAUUUAAAAACGACGAUGGUAGAAGAGAUUCGCAUAUUGUCGCCCGUCCAUUAAGUACUAUGACCUCUGUCGAUGUAGCUGAAGGACAAUAUCCUGUAUGCCACAUAUGUGACAAAGCCAUAACCAGGGGACCAUUCAUAACGGCGUUAGGGCGCAUUUGGUGUCCAGAGCACUUCAUUUGCGUAAACGCUACAUGUCGUCGUCAACUUCAAGAUAUUGGAUUUGUGGAAGAAAAUGGACAACUGUACUGCGAAUUUUGUUUCGAACAAUACAUCGCUCCCGCUUGCGAUAAAUGCCACGCAAAGAUCAAGGGUGAUUGCUUGAAUGCAAUUGGAAAACAUUUCCACCCCGAGUGCUUCAACUGUGUAUACUGCGGCAAGUUAUUCGGUAACAAUCCGUUCUUCUUAGAGGACGGUUUGCCAUAUUGUGAAGCAGACUGGAACGAGCUGUUUACUACAAAAUGUUUUGCUUGCGGGUUCCCCGUGGAGGCUGGCGACAGGUGGGUGGAGGCGCUCAACAAUAACUACCACAGUCAGUGCUUCAACUGCACGGUGUGCAAGAAGAAUCUCGAAGGACAAAGCUUCUUCGCCAGAGGAGGCCGCCCAUACUGCAGGAUACACGCCCGCUAG